GCGCGCGUGCACGCGCCUGGCCCAUACUGAUAGGUGGCUUGUUUGCGGGAAUUCUUUGUUGUGUGCUUGGCCAUGCGGCACCUGUAGCGCCUCGCUCGUGUCGAAUUCAUUUUUCUCUCUUUGUUUUUUCAUCGACCGGACUUUUGUGUGAUCGUCUCCACGUCCACUGACAAUAGUUGGUCUUAUUGAUUGUAUUGAUGAUCAUGUUCAGCCAAGCUUAUGUUUUCCGAGCGCCACCUGCUGGUUGGGAGACGUUUUGCUCAUUUGUCAACGUUGUGCCUUGUUAAAGGCACAACCCUUAUUUCAAAUCCUAACCCCAAUCCCGGCGUCAAAACCGGAUAUGUGCUGGCAGGAAGUUCUGGCCGAGCGGUGCCUUCUGAUUCGACGAGAGUUCAGGGGGGCUCCCCCGGUCACCCCCAUGUUCCUCCGAUGAAACCCCUCAACUCCAUGAAACGAGCCCCGCAUCCCACUCCUCAAAGCGGUGACGACGCCUUUCUCCAUGAGCCAGUCUCCUGGCAACCAGUAGCCAAUCAGCACGCGGGAUCUCUCUCGGUAGUAACCACAGUGUGGGGCGUGACCAAUCCCACGCACAGCCAGGUGAUCAGAGCGCCACCUAUGGGUCCCGGAGACAGCACGGGCGGUCACAUGAUGCCCGGGGGAGGCGGCGGGCCCGGUAUGACCGGCGCCAUGGGCCCGCAGUUCAUGAGCCAGCAGGCGUACGGCGAAGCCAUGCCCAAGGGCUACGGCCAGCCGCUGGUGUACGGGCGCCCCAACGCGGGGUUCAACCCCGCGGCGGCCUACGGCGGCAGUUACCCCGGUAACAGCGGCGGCAUGGGCGUGCGCCAGUCCUCGGACUUCACCACGGCGGCGGCGGCCGCCGCCGUGGCCGCCGCCACCGCCACGGCCACGGCCACCGCCACCGUGGCCGCCAUCCAGGAGAAGCAGAACCAGGACAUCGGCUACGCUCAGAUGGGCGGAGCCCCCUCGUACAGCCCCCAGUUCAUGUCCCACGGGGGCCCUCGCGGACCCCCGGCCAUGCACCAGGGCGGCAUGGUCUCAAACAGGCCCGGACCGGCGCCGCCUUCUGGCGGGGGCUUGUACCCCCCGCACCCCGGCGCCACCCAGAAGAUGCACGGAGGAGGAGGAGGAAGUGGCGGGUAUCCCGGUGCGACGCAGGGACUCAAACGCACCUUCCACUCUGAGUUCGGCGGCGGCGGGAUGUCGUCCAUGGCGCCGUACCCCCAGCAGCCUCUGCAGUACCCCCCCGGACCGCAGCAACGGUGCGCCCCCUCGCCCUCGUACCCGUCCGGCCGCAUGCCCCCCAUGGGCCAGUACGCCUCCGGCGCCCACGGCAACCCGUCGCCGUUCCCCCCCGGUGGCGGCCAACCCAACCCCCCCCAGUACUACAAGUCUGAAGUGUUUAACGGGCAGACGAGCCUGCCCCCUGCAGGCCCGGGAGGGUACAACGCCUUCACUCAGGCGGCCGCCAGCGGGCCGGGUCGAGGCGGAGGGAUGCCCGGGUACCCCAGCUCCCCCAUGGGCGGCAAUCCCACGCCCCCCAUGACUCCCGGCAGCUCUGUGCCACCUUACCUGUCCCCGGGCCAGGACACCAAGCCCCCCUACUUGCCCCCUGACGUCAAAAGCAACAUGGGUGGCCCGCCGCCCGCCACGGGUAACCCGAGCGACGACCUCCGCCUGACCUUCCCGGUGCGGGACGGCGUCGUGUUGGAGCCUUUCAGACUGGAGCACAACUUGGCCGUCAGCAACCACGCCUUCCAGCUUCGAGACUCCGUCUACAAGACGCUCAUGAUGAGGCCAGAUCUGGAGCUGCAGUUCAAGUGCUACCACCACGAGGACCGGCAGAUGAACACCAACUGGCCCGCUUCGGUGCAGGUGAGCGUCAACGCCACGCCCUUGUCCAUCGAGCGCGGCGACAACAAGACCUCCCACAAGGCCCUGUACCUCAAGCAAGUGUGCCAGCCCGGACGCAACACGGUCCAGAUCACCGUCACCGCCUGCUGCUGCUCGCACCUGUUCGUGCUGCAGCUGGUCCACCGGCCCUCCGUCAGGUCGGUGCUGCAGGGGCUGAUGAAGAAGAGGCUGCUGCCGGCAGAGCACUGCAUCACCAAGAUCAAGAGAAACUUCAGCAGCGGCACCAUCCCCGGCACGCCCGGGCUGAACGGCGAGGACGGCGUGGAGCAAACGGCCAUCAAAGUCUCGCUCAAGUGCCCCAUCACCUUCCGACGCAUUCAGCUGCCGGCGCGAGGGCACGACUGCCGCCACAUACAGUGUUUCGACCUGGAGUCGUACCUGCAGCUCAACUGUGAGAGGGGAACGUGGAGAUGUCCCGUCUGCAAUAAGACUGCGCUGCUGGAGGGACUGGAAGUGGACCAGUACAUGUUGGGGAUCCUGGUCUACAUCCAGAAUUCCGACUACGAGGAGAUCACCAUCGACCCGCUCUGCGGCUGGCGGCCGGUGCCCGUCAAGCCCGACCUGCACGUGAAGGAGGAGCCCGACGGGCCGGCGCUGAAACGCUGUCGCACCGUCAGCCCCAGUCACAUGGUGCUGCCCAACGUCAUGGAGAUGAUCGCCGCGCUGGGACCCGCCUCCUCGCCGUACGCCGGCGCCGCCGCGGCGGCGGGCGGGGGCAGAGGCAGCCCCGACUACAACAGGCCCGGGAGUCGAGGCUUCGCCGGCCAAUCGUCUUUCCCCGAGUUCCCCAACACUCCCGGCACGCCCACCCUGGGGGAGUACCCCUCGUCCGGCCCCCCGCUGCCCUACCAGGCCGAGCAGGCGCCGCACCCGCCCCACAAUGCCUUGCUCCCGCAGCACGCCGACGAGAGGAGCGGCGGCGCUUCCCACAAUCCGCGGGCGCACGCCGAGGGCUCCUUCGCCGCAGGGGAGGCGGCGGACCACUCGCUAGAUCUCCUGCCCGAGCUGACCAACCCGGACGAGCUGCUGUCCUACUUGGGUCCGCCCGAUCUGCCCAGCAACAGCAGCGACGACCUUCUGGCGCUCUUUGAGAACAACUGAGCGCUUUUCGCCGUCGCCGCCCCCCUCCUCCUCCUCCUCCGUCUUCUUUUUCCUGCUCCUCGUACUCCUUUUGCCCCCCCCCCCAACCCCACCCCGACCCGUCACUCAAAUCAUUUUUGUGUAACCGGGGACGACCGCAGUCGGUGCUCGCUGACGAAUGACGAGGAGGCGUUAACACCUGUCCAAAUUUGUGUCAUUUGUCCGCACUAGUAGGCCAAUUCAGCGCACUAGUAGAACGACAAAUAUACGCUUGAGUUUGGGUAAGACGUGAUUAAAAUGGGCCAAACAUCAUUUUCCUGUAAAAUCAUCAAAUGAAUAAAUGUUGUUUUAACACUUUUGAAUCAUUUGUUCCACUUAUGUCGAUUCAUUUCCCCCCCACCUUUUUUUUUUUUUUAAAACUCCCAGUGCCGCUAUUGACCUACUAGUAUUCUGUAUUUAAGACUUAAUUGUAAACUGCUGCGCUGCAGUAUUAACAUUGGCAGGCCUUAACUAACAUGUCGUGCACUAGUAGCAGCACAGAAAAUGGCCACUUGGAGUUUUGCCUCACUAGUGCAGAGUCAGUCGUGGGGAAAAGAAGUUGCUAGUGCGCCAUUGUUGUUCUAACAGUGGCCUGAAAUGUGGAAAGUUUUUCCUAUGCCGUCCUUUAGGUCCUUGUACUAAUACUACUUACUGGUGGGACGACUUAAAUGAGCGAGGAUGAAAAGUAUGUGACGAGUGAGGCAAAAGUCGACUAAAUGCUACUAGUGCCGGAAGAUGCUUGCGGUUUACAUCUUGGGCGCAGAUGUCAGCUAGUGCACAGUUCUGCCCGACUAGUAACACGUAGUUGUCAAGUUUUGCAAGCUGCUUAUCCUCAGAAGGGUGACGGGAGCACCGGGGCCCACGUCCUACUAGCUGUUAACGUCCCAGUACACGGACCUUAAGCUGGAAACGGAGCUUUCGAACGGCUUUUGUGGAUUCAAGCAAACUUGUUGAACUACUGUGACAACGCCCGCAUUGCGGCAUUCCGCCCCGUGGCGUCGAUGUGAAUAUUUCCGUCUUUUCAUCGCCCCGCCUUUCUUUGUCGCCGUCGUCUUCCAGUUUGUUUUUCAUCCGUGUCCACCCACCCCACCCCCCAACAGACACUCGAGGUCCAAAAAAACCCAACUAAAAUGUUGACUUUCAUUUUCGAGGUUGGGGGGUGACCACUGAACUGCAAGUUUCCCAGAAAACACGUUCUUAAGACCUCAUCUAUUGCACAUUUUCUAACACACAGACACAGACACACCCGCACACACAGGUUUGAAUUUCCAUUGUUUUUUCUAUUUAUUUUGUAAUCAUAGUUACCAUUGAUUGUACCUGCGGUUGCUUUGUUCAUUUGCUGGAGCUCGG